GCCCGUCUCCGGGGCGGGGGGGGGCAUGCCGACGUCAGCGCCGCUGAGGAACGGCGGUCGGGUGUCGGGAAGCAAAUCUGGCGGCGGCGGCGGCCAUGGUUGCUCUGACACGUAAAGAGCCGGGAGCGGCCGCCGCUUUCUGUAUCUGAGCCCGCGCGUCGAGGUCGGGGCAACCGGAAUGGAGGGCGGUGGCGUCCCGCGGGGCACCGGCUGCUGAUCAGGGCGCUCUGGCUGAGUUCUAAUCUGCCUUUCUAAGUGAGCUGCGCUGUGCAGCUGUGGUGACCACUCAAUAAUGAGUGGGGCAGCGUUGGGCCUGGAGAUAGUAUUUGUCUUCUUUCUGGCCUUAUUCCUACUUCAUCGGUAUGGAGACUUCAAGAAGCAGCAUAGGCUGGUGAUCAUAGCAACAUUAUUGGCUUGGUAUCUCUGCUUUCUUAUUGUAUUUAUACUGCCUCUGGAUGUCAGUACGACUAUUUACAAUCGGUGCAAACUUGCUGUUAAUUCCAGCCCUGCAGAAAGUAAUGGCUCUUAUGUUUCUCUUCCUCCAAGCAAGCAAAAAUGUUUCAAGCCAUGGAGUUACAUCCCUAAUGGAAUUAUGCCAGUUUUCUGGCGUGUUGUGUAUUGGACAUCACAGUUUUUAACAUGGAUUCUGCUACCUUUCAUGCAGUCAUAUGCUAGAUCAGGAGGCUUCUCCAUUACUGGAAAGAUUAAGACUGCAUUGAUUGAGAAUGCAAUCUAUUAUGGCACUUACUUGCUGAUUUUUGGAGCAUUUUUAAUAUAUGUGGCUGUAAACCCAAAGUUCAAUUUACAAUGGAACCAACUUCAGACGAUUGGGAUAGCUGCUGCAAACACAUGGGGUCUCUUUCUUCUUGUGUUGCUUUUGGGUUAUGGUUUGGUGGAAAUUCCCCGUUCUCACUGGAAUGGGGCCAAGAGAGGUUAUCUGCUCAUGAAGACCUAUUUCAAAGCUGCUAAACUGAUGACUGAAAAAGCAGACGCAGAGGAGAAUUUAGAGGAUAUUAUGGAGGAAGUUCGUAAAGUAAGUGAGAGUAUCAAGUAUAACCACCCUUUGAGAAAAUGUGUUGAUACAAUACUGAAAAAGUGUCCUACUGAGUACCAGGAAAGAAUGGGUAGAAAUAUGGAUGAUUAUGAAGAUUUUGAUGAAAGACAGAACAGUUAUCCAACUGAAAAAAGUUUGGUCAAACUUCACAAGCAGGUAAUCUAUUCAGUACAGAGACAUCGUCGUACACAGGUCCAGUGGCAAAUUCUUCUAGAACAAGCGUUCUACCUAGAAGAUGUGGCAAAAAAUGAAACCAGUGCAACUCGGCAGUUUGUUCAUACCUUUCAUUCCCAGGAACCAGAGAAUAAAAUCAUUCAGUAUUUCUACACACCAACUGUUGAGUGGUACUGGGAAUGCCUUCUACGACCAUGGUUUUACAGGGUGCUUGCUGUUGUUCUGGCCACAUUCUCUGUUAUUGUUGUGUGGUCAGAGUGCACUUUUUUCAGCACAAAACCAGUUUUAUCACUGUUUGCAGUUUUCAUACAGCUGGCAGAAAAGACAUAUAAUUAUAUAUACAUAGAGAUGGCCUGUUUUCUUACCAUCUUUUUCUUAAGUAUCUGUGUUUACUCUACUGUCUUCAGGAUCCGUGUAUUUAACUAUUAUUACUUAGCUUCACAUCAUCAGACAGAUGCGUAUAGUCUUCUUUUCAGUGGCAUGUUAUUUUGCCGUCUUACUCCACCAUUAUGCUUGAACUUUUUGGGCUUGACCCACAUGGAUGCAACAAUCUCUCACAAAAAUACUCAGCCAACUGCUUAUACAUCUAUAAUGGGAUCCAUGAGAGUGCUGUCCUUCAUUGCAGAUGGAUUUUAUAUAUAUUACCCAAUGCUUGUUGUCAUUCUCUGUAUUGCCACAUACUUCAGUUUAGGAACUCGUUGUUUGAAUCUCUUGGGAUUUCAGCAGUUCAUGGGGGAUAACGAAAUGACCUCUGAUUUGAUUGAUGAAGGGAAAGAGCUAAUCAGAAGAGAGAAAAGAAAACGUCAAAGGCAGGAAGAAGGUGAAAACAGAAGAAGGGAGUGGAAAGAGCGAUAUGGAAAUAGAGAUGAUUCCACUAGAAACAGAGUUGUUCACACAGACCAAAAAGAAUCCAGUUUCUCAGAGGCCAAUGCCAAUAGACCUCUAUCAAAGUAUACCCGAUCAAAUGGUAGGACUGAAAGAGAUAGAAUAGAACUUCUUCAGGAUGCAGAACCUUUGGAUUUUAAUGCAGACUCAAUUAAUGAUGACCCUCUUGAAUCAGACUCUGGAAGGUACCAGCCUGGUGGAAGAUACCUGUCGAUGUCUCGAAGCAAAAUAUUUGAUGAUGUCUAAACUCCUCAAAGCUGAAGAAAAUUCAGUGGAAGUUAUUCCCUGCUCAUUGCUUAAAAAAUACUGUUUUUAUGAUAUAUCACUGAACCAGAGAAGAUAAUAUUUCUUUAAAAAAUGAAUAUGAAGGAACAACUAAUUUGGAAAUGCAUCUGUAUAUGACAAGAAUGUGCUUCUUCUGUUGCAGAUAUUGUUGUCCAUCAGUGUGGGCUUUUGUGUCAUGACCAAAAAGAGAAAAAUAAUAAUUAAGUUAAAAGAGUGUAAACUUCAUAAAUAUACCUGGGGCUCAACUUGCUUUAACAUUUUCAGUUUUAGGAAAACGAUUUUUUGGAAGGAAUCUUUUUGUAUUUUAACAGAUGCUGUAUGAGCAUUUUAAUGCAUCCAGAGUGCGGAUUUGUCAAUUACUUUAAUAAACACUUUCUAUAUUUUUUUUAUUACAACUUAAUGCCUAGUCCAAAAUCUACAGAAUGAAAUUAAGGUUUCUUUUGGUUUCAGUGGUCUUUGAAUAAUAGAAUCAUAGAAUCAACUAGGUUGGAAAAGACCUUUUAAGAUCAUCAAGUCCAACCAUUACCCAGGACCGCCAAGACCGUCACUAUAUUGUGUCAUUGAGGGCCUCAUUUAUGUGGUUUUUGAACACUUCAGCUUUUCUGGGAAGCCUUUUCCAAUGGCUGAUUACCUGCACUGUGAAGAAUUUUUUCCUAAUAUCCAAUCUAAACCUCCUCUUGUGCAGCUUGAGACCAUUUCCUCUUGUCCUGCUGCUUGUUACUUGGGAGAAGAGAC